GCAAACCCAGUCCUCAACAGCUCUCCCGGUACACAGGCAUGGAAUGGAUCAUUACCCUCCACGGAAUACUGCUCUGGAUCUCACUGGGUCCUUUCCACUUCCAUGUAUCAGGUCUGUACUGCGAUGGAGAGAAGCCAGUCAUCGUCCCUCCUGCUUUGGUGGUGAAGUACGGAGAUCCAGCCACGGCAACCUGCCGAGUUCCGUACGAUACUGACAUGAUGGGCUGGGAGGGAAGCGUGAUAGAGAGUGAAAGUGGACGGCAGAUAGACCUGAGUGUGGACAGAGUCACAUGGUCACUGCUGGAUCCUGGCAUAUCAUGCUUCGCCGACUCUCGUCACGGAACAUGUGUGACUCCUCUACCCAUCACUAUUUAUAAAAUGCCAGAGCAUGUGGCCCUUUUUAUAAGCGAUGCUGGUCCACUGGUGGAGGGGCAGCAGUACUCACUGCAGUGUGAGGUUCAGAGUGUGGCUCCAGUGAACAGACUCACCGUCAUCUGGUUCAGAGGGGACGACGAGCUGCAACGUUCAGGACGCCCUCAGUUCACUGUUGAGGGAGAUCAGUCUCAGAACGUCACUGUGAGCACUAUUCUGAGUAUCACAGCUUCCAGAGAGGACCACAGAGCAUUCUACAGCUGUGCUGCUCAUCUGGAUAUGAACACAGCUGAGCCCAUUCCUGACACCAGAUCCAAUAGUGUCCGACUGGAAGUAUUGUGCAACCAGAGUGGAAUCAUAAUCGGUGUAGUAGUAGGAGUGGUGUUGCUCCUAGUUAUUGUAGGUGCAGUUUAUAUCACACUUAAAAAAGGGGCUCAGGUGUUUUAUAGAACUAUGCAGGCUUUCAAGAGGGGGGGGGGGUUCUUUUGAUGAACCCUUCAUGGGGUGCCAUAGAGUAUAUGAAGCAUGCAGUAGAACCAUUUUUGGUCCUAAGUAGCAGUGCAACUGUUUGAAAAUAAAAGUCUGCGCUACAAUAAUUCACCGUUAAAUGAUUUAACUAUUUAAACUGCUCAACUGUUUAACUGUUCAGCCAUUUCAACUGUCAGUUGUCAUCAACUAUGACUCCCGGCCACUGUUUCCUCUGCCCACAAAUGUUUCAAAAUAAAAGCUCUUACUACAAUAAUUCACUAUGGCAUAAUUGAACCAUUUAAACUAACCUCCCCUCCCCUCCCCCCCCAAAAGCUUCUGUAUACAAAGUGGCACACAUACAUUCAUGUCACAUAGUUAUCUCAUUAUUAUUAUUACAUUAUUAUUAUUUAUUUCAAUUUUUUACUUAUAUGGUUGUUCAUCGCGUGGACUCAUUUGGUUGUAUAUAUUUUCCCAUGCAUUGUUUGCUGUAGAAUGAUAAAUGCCUGAGUUUGAUUGAAAAGCAGCCAUAGCUACGCAAAUAUUUGUGUAAUUAUAAUUUUCAAAACAGGCUCGUAGUAUUUGUGUUAUGAGUUUAAAUGUAUAUGUGACCUCAGAAUGAUCUAAUGAAUGAAAAUACAGUAAGUGUAAAUAAAAACAAAUGCAAAUAAAGCAAA